GGAGAGGCAGUGGGCGGGAUCAUGCAAAUUACACAGCGUGGAGGAGGAAAGACAGACAAUCUAGGAUCCCAUGGUCUUGCUAAACUCUCCUGGAGGGUGCAACUUCUGCUUUGUGAAGAUACACCGGAAGUGACGACUUCGGUCAGGGCCUUCCCACUUUCUCAAGCAAACCCGGAAGUGAAGGCUUCAGGCAUGGCUUUCCCACAUUCUCAGGCGAGGGAGAAGGAGGCGGCAGAGGCCAUGACGACGGUGGAGGUCCUUCCGGGGCUGUACCUGGGCCCUGCAGGGAAAAGCGGGAAAGCGGCGGAGAGGCCUGCGGGCGUCACGGCCCUCUUGUCGGUGGACUCGGAGCCCCCCGGGGAAGUGGGGCUGGAGGACGUGCUGCAUCUGGAGGCCCUCGACCAGCCCGGCAGCGACCUGCUCAGCCGCUUGGACCAGGCCGCCGCCUUCAUUGACAGGGUCCGGGGGAAGGAGAAGGGCGCACUCCUGGUGCAAUGUCAUGCUGGAGUCAGUCGAAGUGUGGCUGUUGUGACUGCCUAUUUAAUGAAGGCCAAUAACCUCCCCUUUGAAGAAGCCUAUGCCUUUAUUCAGGCCAUCAAACCUGAUGCAAAAAUGAAUGAAGGUUUUGAGUGGCAACUGAAACUCUAUGAAAAAAUGGGGUGUGAGGUUGAUGUAACCAGUGCUAUUUACAAACAGUAUCAUUUGCAGAAUCUUACAGAGAGAUACCCUGAAUCACAGGACCUUCCAAAAGAAAUUUUUGCAAUUGAUCCAAACAACAUUGAGCAGGCGACCAAUUAUGAACUUACUUACAAGUGUCGAAAGUGCCGGCGUCUCCUCUUCCAAAGCUCAAGCAUCUUACCUCAUGAUGAAGGCACAGGGCUGUCUGCUUUUGCUCACAAAAGGUUUUCAGAGCCGGCCCCUUUUCACUCUAAUGGCAGACCCGGUUGUACUUCUUACUUCAUUGAACCUCUACAGUGGAUGGAGCCAAUGCUUUUAGGAGUGAUUGAAGGACAGCUUCUUUGCCCAAAGUGUACAUCAAAGUUAGGUUCCUUUCACUGGCACGGUGAGCAGUGUUCGUGUGGCCGUUGGGUGACCCCUGCCUUCCAGAUUCACAAGAGCCGCGUGGAUGAAGCAAAAGGACUGCCGGCUGGUGCUCUGCUUAGUGCAAGAAAGCAAAGUUAGCUUGAAUCUCCAGCAUAUUCUAAAUGACACAAAAAACUAUUAAGAACUUAUAGUAGAAGAGUCAGUGGAGUGGGUUUUUUUUUUUUUUUGGAGUAAAAGAUCUUUUUUACAGCUUUCCAUAAAUAUGCAAGACAUUUGUACAACCAACCCCGUGCUGGGUCACUCCCGUCAGUGAUUUUGUACCUAUCCAAUCCAAUUAAACAAUGCAAGAAAUGUAUGAAUGUGUUUCUUCUACCUUUUCUCUCUCUAGCCUCUUCUACACUGCCAUAUAAUCCAGGUUACCAAAGCAGAUAAUCCACAUUAUCUACUUCGAAUUAGAUUAUAUGAAUCUACAUUGCCAUAUAAUCCAGUUCAAAGCAGAUAAUCUGGAUUUUGAAUCACAGUGUAGAAGGGGCCUCUUUUUUAAGAUGAUGAGUCAUGUGGGAAAAUUCAAAAUUAAGACUGUGACAUUGGAAAGCAAUGUUUUAAGACAGCUUCAUCUGCUUUGGUCCUAAUGAAAAUUCCAUCUUCUGAUAUUUGUCCUAGAGAUGGGCUUCAUUAGCCGCAAUAGAGGCUUCCUAAUGGAACAAAUGCUACAACAUGGAGAUUUUCAUCAGGACCACAAGGACGGAAGGAAUAUCUGCCCUCUGCAGCCAUUUCUAUCCUAGAAUUUGAUAUGCCUUUAAAAAAAAACUAAAAACAUAACAGUGUUCCAUAUAUAUGAACAAUAGAUUGUGUGAAUAUGUAAAAGAGUAACGCUUUGGGGAAAGCGGGAGUCUCUUCCUGGACCCUACACUAUAAACGACAAAAGAGGAAUUAAUUUCUUUUUAGGAAAGUCUUUCUAUAGCCUAACUAGAAAGAAGACAAAAUCUGUAAACACACUGCAGUCAGUGCCUUUUACCCGUUGGCCCCUUUGGACUUGACCGCUCCAAAGUGGGUUUGCUGCAUGGUGUAAGUAUGAGAGAGUGAAUGGAAUUUCUCUAUCUUAAAUGAUUGUUUCAUGACAAUGAUCCCAUUUUCCUUCUUUUUAAAGCAUUUCAAAUGUAUUAAUAAGUUAAUAAAGUAAAUAAAAUCCA